GAGCUCUUCCAGAAGUUUUCGCAAACUUCGCGGUACAACGCCAGAACAAUUAUGGGUUUGCAGCCGUUGCGUGCGACCAAACGAUCGAACAGACAGCUAACAGAGAUUCUAAAACCAAGGGUGGUUUGAUAGGCUUUACAAUGAAUCGCGCAUCAGUGCAUAGAUGGCUCCUCUCGCAAUCUGAAAGGGCUAGGAUCACAGGCCAGUGCAAAUAUAUGGCUGGAAUUAACUGCAAACCACGGUAAGUUUGUAUUCAAUUAAGUUUGUGACCGAAAGCUGAAAUUUAAUAGAAAUCUUUCACACCAACUAUGCAAAUAUUUGAUCAGAAAUGUCAAUGACAAUAAUAAUUGUAUUUCUUUAGAAACAAAAAAGAUCUGGAUGCAACAAAAUGCCAGAAUUAUGAAAAUUCUGUGUGCGGUGUCCUAGCAACAAUUACAAGCAUGAUCAAUCCAUUUAACUCCGAUCAAGAUGGGCUCGUCAAUAUAACAAGUGGCGUUGAACUACCAAAGGAUUCAGCUAAAAGUCUUCUUGACGCAGAAAAGUUGGGUGAGGGUCAAUUCACUGCAUUUUGCGAAGACAACCUUUUAAGCAAGAAACCUGAUAUAUUUACCCCGAUCAAGAGAAACAAAAUAAGGACAUUUUCAAGCAAGACCAAAACAAUGACAGACAAGAAGGGCCAAACAAUAGCUGUCAAAUCAACCAGAAAUCUCUUUGCGCGACUGUUGGUUAUCUCCAAAACACACGAAAUCGACUUGAAGGGACUUCUUUCCUUUAGCUUAAGUGAAUUCCCACUAUCCAUUGCCACUGUUUCCGGAGAUCUUGUGAAAACCACUAAGUCGAAGAUGUUCGAAGUAUUGGAGAAGACCGCAAGUAGCCCAGUAGUAGAUGUAGAGAGCCUUCAAAAUGGAACUGCAUUAAUCGUAGAUGGUAUGGCCGUAGUACAGGCCAUGAAGGGAAAGUGGAGAACAUUUGGAGAAUUUGCUGAUUCAGUGUUUUCCUAUCUGUUGAAUCUUGUAAAGCAAUGGAAGGCUGUACGACUCGAUUUUGUUGCAGACAGGUACCCCUCAUUAAGUAUCAAGAACGCAGAAAGAGCAAAAAGAGCAGCUCAAGGUGUACAGAGAGUUCACAUCUACAAUAAAGACCAGAAUAUCCCAAAACAGUGGAAAAAAUACUUGAGCUGUGGAGACAACAAGGAGUCAUUGGCUGUGUUUUUGUGUGGUCAUUGGAGUACGUACCACUCGGCCCAAAUGAAGAGUUUAGAGUCGUUCUACGUCACCUCAGCAGAUAAGUGUUAUUUACUUUCCCAUGGCUUAUCCCCAAGCGAUACAGUUCAAAGGAUAGAAGUUGCAGAGCUAAGAUGUGAUCACGAGGAAGCCGAUACGCGAUUACUGCUUCACUCAAGACAUGCAGCCGAAGCACAUGCUGAGAUAAUAAUCAAAUCACCCGAUACAGAUGUGUUUUUACUGUGUACAGCCAUGCAGAAAACAAUUGGCACGAAACUGUAUCUGAUGACUGGAAAUGGGAACAAAUUCCGUGUUAUAGAUGUUGCUGCCGUCUCAGACUCACUUGGAGAGGAAUUGUGCGCAUCCCUGCCAGGAUUCCAUGCCUUCUCAGGUAUUUUUCUUUAUUGAUUUGAAUAUUUUAAGAUAACUUUAAAAAAUAUUUAUUUAUUUUUUUCUUUGUAGGAUGUGAUACAACAAGUGCGUUUCUUGGUAAAGGGAAGUUAAAACCGUGGAAGGUCCUCAUGCAACAUCCAGAAUUCUGUGCAAUAUUCUCCAGGCUUGGCAAUCUGCCCAUCCAUGAUGACCUGGUAGACCUCCUGAACGAGUUUAUAUGUUUACUGUAUGGCGAUGACUGCUCACGAAGUGUUGACGAGUGCAGAUAUAAUCUUUUUAAAGCAGGAAAGUGUUCUGAUGAUGCGCUACCACCAAAUAGUGACUGUCUGUUUCAUCAUAUUGCUAGAUCCAACUUCCAAGCUGCUUCGUGGAAUCGUUGUUUAUCUCCAAUGUUACAGCUUCCAUCUGCUGUGGGUAAUGGGUGGCAAUUGGAAUCAGAUGGGCAAUUACAUAUAUUGUGGAUGACCUGUCCAUCAGCUCCGGAGUCCCUUCUAGAAUUUGUGCAGUGCAAAUGUAAAACCGGAUGUAAGACCCAAAGAUGCUCUUGCUUGAAAUCUGGAUUGAAGUGUACUGAAGUGUGUUCCUGCUCAGAGUGCCAAAACAAUCCACAAAUAAUGGAUGGAGAAGAUGAAUCUGAUUCUUCUGAUAAUGACGAUGAAAAUGAUUAUGACUGGGACGAUGAUGACAAUAUGUUUGAUGAUUUAUCAGAAUGA